AUGAGCGGCAUUGCGGGUACGGACAAUGGUAAAGCACCUCUUCCCAAGGAGCUUACAGAUUUCAUGCCUGAUUUCCUCAAAAACUCAAUGGAAUCCAAUCCAUACUUCUCUGCUGGAUUCGGUUUGAUGGGCGUAGGUGCAGCACUUGCUGGACUUAGGCGCGGUAUUACAUUUGGCGCAGGAGCUGCGCAGCGUCGACUACUCAUAAGCCUCGAAAUACCCUCUAAAGACCCCUCUUACCUCUGGUUCUUGGAGUGGCUCUCUGCCAAUGGCAAGCGCGAAGCCACGACGCUGAAACCUGGACAACCCCAAAUAAAACUCUACUCUCACCAACUCAGCGUAGAGACAGCUGAGAAGAAGCAGCAAGAUUCUAACAACGUCACCUUCAGUCUUGUCCCUGGUCCCGGCACGCAUUGGUUUAGAUAUAAAGGCGCUUGGAUGCAAGUUAAGCGUGAACGCGAUGGAAAAAUGAUGGAUCUAACUCAAGGUACACCAUGGGAGACAGUUACUUUAACCACACUGCGAAGAGAUAGCGGUCUUUUCGCAGAUCUCCUCCACGAGAGUCGCAAAUUGGCGGAAAUGGGAACUCAAGGCAAGACGGUUGUAUACACUUCCUGGAUGGUUGAUUGGAAACCGUUCGGGAAACCCAGAAGGAGGAGAGAAUUGAGUAGUGUAGUGCUCGAUCGAGAUGUGAAGCAGCGCGUGGCAGAUGAUCUCGAUAAGUUUCAGAAUAGAGGUCAGUGGUAUGCAGAAAGAGGUAUCCCAUAUAGGAGAGGUUAUCUCCUCCAUGGUCCCCCUGGAUCUGGCAAGUCGUCAUUUAUAUACGCCUUGGCUGGUCACUUUAAAUACAACAUCUGUUUGCUCAAUCUCUCUGAGAAGGGCUUGACGGAUGAUAGACUCAAUCAUCUCCUAGUCAACGCCCCAGAGAGAUCCAUCAUCCUGCUCGAGGAUAUAGAUGCAGCGUUCAACAAGCGUGUACAGACAGGCGCGGAUGGAUACCAAUCUGCUGUUACAUUUUCAGGUCUGCUGAAUGCGCUGGAUGGUGUGGCGAGCGGAGAAGAGCGUGUUAUAUUUAUGACGACAAAUCAUUUCACCAAACUCGACAAAGCCUUAGUGAGACCAGGAAGAGUGGACAUGAUAGAGUUACUAGGUGAUGCAAGCACAGACCAAGCGGGUGAAUUGUUUGGUAGAUUCUAUCCAGAUGCUAGUACAGAGGAGUUGCAUGCGUUUAUUGACAAGUUGCAAGAAGGGAUGGAUGCAGGAUAUAGCGUCAGUAUGGCUAGUUUACAGGGGAUGUUUAUAAGGACUACUGCGGCUGAAGCUAUAAAGUAUUUGCCAAUGUUGUUUGAAGAAUGGCUAGAAAGCUGCAUAGAGUAUCUGCGCAACACUCUCAAUAUCAGCAAUAACCAGGAGAUACUUAAACAAACUCAGAUACAGUUUAUAAACUCAGAUUUGUCAGAUAGUACGACAGGUGGUCUUCCGAGGGAUAUACAACAGCAGGAGCUGUUGUUCCCUUCACCAAGCAAAGGAAUUCUGCUGCAAGUAAUUUCAAUUACAGAUAUUGGAAUAUCAGCGUACAACUUGAAACUCAAUAGAGAUCAGAAGUCAGCUCUGAAAUUGAAGUUAUCGGAUGGCAGAAUAUCCGUAGACGCGUUUGAAUACGCUGAAAUACCUUGGCUAUCACUGUCAACGCCAAUUGGGAGCAAAUUACUCUUGAAGAACGUCGAGCUGUUACAAGGAACUCUUCUCCUUACCCCUUUCAACACUCAACAAAAGAAUGGCAAGAUCGAUGACUUUGAUAAGUACAGAGAUAAGAUAAUCAACGACAUUUUAGAUGCAAGGUUAGGCAGAGUGUCCGAGAGAACGACUAACGUAGCUAGUGCGUCUACCACGGCAAACACAGCCGCAGAUGUUAUCGAAAUCAGUGACUAA